AUGCCUAAAAGAGGGAAAAAGUCCAAAGUGCCCCUGUCGGAAGAGGAGCAGCUGCUGCUGUAUCAGCAGAAGUUGCUCGCGGAGGAAGAGAUCGCCAAGAAGAAGGAGAGGCUGCUCAGCCAGUUCCUGAAGGACAAGCUGGCCAAGGAGGAGCACAACAGCGCUCUCAAUCUCAACAAGAUCAACACGCAGUGGAGGACCGUCCUGCGGGAGGUCAAGACCCGAGAGCUGCACAGAGACAUUGAAAUCCUCAGCCAAACGUUCGAGCGUGUGCUGGACUGCAAAGACAGCGUCAUCAAGUCUCUGGCCAGGGACCUGUCAGAAGCGGAGGAGCAGUACGCCCACGCCCUGCGCAGCCACCUGCACAACAUCGACCAGCUUCUGGCCCUGCAGAGGCGCCGGCUCAGCCUUCUCGAGGAAGGCUACGUCACGGAGCUGGAGACCCUGACCAAGGAGUUUGAGACAGAAAGGAAGACGAUUCUCGAACAGCACGAGAAAGAGAUGCACUACCUGCAGGAUGUCUUCAUGGCCAUGGAGCAGAACUACAUCGACUCCGAGUACGAGAGCAAGCUGGAGUUCCAGAGCAUGUGGGAUGACCUCAAGAACAAGAAUUUGGAAGAGAAGCACUUUCUGAGACUGCAGCUGGAGAACAUAGUGGAAGACCUGUGGAAAAGGUUCCAGGAGGCGCUCAAGAGCUACGCAGACGCCACGGAGGACCGCAAGAUCGCCUUCGAGACCCUGAAGGUGAAGGACGAGAAGAGCUCUAAAGAGAUUGAGGCACAGAUGAAAAAGAUACAGAAACUGCAGGAGGCCAUCAGUAUUUUAAAAGGGAAGAUCCUCCUGCACAGCCGGGAGAGUGAGGAUCAGAACCAGUACAUCCGGAGUGAUAAGGAACUGGUCCUCGUCCAGCUGCGGAAACUCAAGGCCCAGAAGACGCGGGCCAGGGAGAUCGCCCAGGAGAACUUAGUCAAACUCACCCUGGAAAGCAGUGCCACCCUCAAAGCCCUGAGAAAGAUUGUGGAGAAGGGUGAAAAGAUCCUUAAACUUGCCGAAAUAUGUAGGAAAUUUGAAACAGAAGAGGAGAAGGUGCUGCCCUUUUACUCAUCCAUGCUGACCCGCGAGGAGCAGCAGGAGAUCGAGGAGCAGAGCCAGGAGGAGCUGACCGAAGCGCUGGCAGAGGUAAUGGCAGACUACGUGGGGAUGGAGAACUUCUGGAAAAGGUACAACAAAGUGAAACUGGAGAAGCUGAGCCUGCAACACAGACGGGCCCAGCUGCUGGAGAUCAACAGGAAGCUGCGGGAGAUGCUGAAGCAGUACUUGGACGGAAUCUCGGUGAGCGACGAGGUGCUGAGCCAGCUCAACCCGCUCUUCAUCGUCAACCACCAGAGCAACCUGCCCCAGCCCCACGACACACAGCCUCCAGUCACCUACAAUGUCAUCGAGGCAGCCCAUGUGAUUGCCCACACCCUGGGAGCCAAGAAGGGCUCCUCCUCCCAACCUCCGGAAGUGUGUGUGCCCGGGGGUGGUUCCGGGACAUGAGGACUUGGCUAUUAAAAAUGUCCAUAUU